AUGGACAAAGAAGCUGAAAGACAAGAACUACACAAUCAGUUCGUGGCCGAGUUGCGGGAACAGGACCGAUGGUUACCAAUCAACAAUGUAGGCAGAUUGAUGAAGAAUACGCUUCCUGUAUCCGCUAAAGUGUCAAAAGAUGCCAAAGAAUGUAUGCAGGAGUGUGUUUCAGAGUUUAUUUCAUUUGUCACAAGCGAGGCGAACGAUAGAUGCACGCAGGACAAACGCAAGACGAUCAAUGGCGAAGACGUGCUGACAUCGCUCAAUGCACUGGGAUUUGAAAACUAUGCCGAAGUGCUCAAGAUUUAUCUGGCAAAAUACCGUCAGCAACAGGCUUUGAAGAAUCAGAUGAUAUACAUGCGUCGAGACGGUGUAUCGGACGAUUUGGAAGGCAUGUCUGCUGACGAAUCCGUGUCUUUGGGUGCAGUCAACGACGAGCCGCCUGCGAUGCAGAACGAAGCCCAACCACAGCAGCUAGACGCAGAUGCCAGCACAAGCCACAACGAACACGAAAACGAGUACAUCGAGGGGGACGCACAACUAUACCUGUGA